AUGGUCUUUCGCCUAUCACGUUCGACACGCUUGAGCGUUGUGAUUGGUAUUUCGACAUGUUUUUUUCUAGCUGAGAUCUCGGUGGGCUUUUAUACCCAUUCCAUUGCUCUGAUUGCGGACGCCUUCCACUAUUUGAAUGAUUUGGUUGGGUUUAUUAUCGCUCUUGUGGCUUUGAAGAAAUCAGAGCAAGCCGAGUCGCCUAAGGAACUUGCCUUUGGGUGGCAGCGCGCUCAGCUGCUCGGUGCAUUCUUCAAUGGUGUUCUCCUGCUUGGUUUGGGCAUUAGUAUAUUCCUACAGUCCAUUGAGCGGUUCAUUGCUCUCGAAUAUGUCAAAAAUCCCAAGUUGAUGUUUAUCAUUGGAUGUAUUGGAUUGGCACUGAAUAUUAUCAGCGUCCUUUUCCUUCAUGAACAUGGACAUGAUCAUGGACAUGAUCACGGACAUGGACACGGGCAUGAGCAUGAUCACGAACAUGGGCAUGACCAUGGCUCGCCUACAUCGGUUUUACAUAUCGAUGAACAUUGCCACGAUUCCGACACCAAGCAUGACGAUCACAAGCAUAUUAACCUUGAAAAACAUCACUGCGAAGACUUGGGUGGCCACAGCCAUGGACAUGGCGGCCACGACCACGGUGAUCUGGGUAUGAUGGGUGUCAUGAUCCAUGUCAUUGGCGAUGCAAUCAAUAAUCUGGGUGUCAUGGCUGCCGGUCUGGUCAUCUGGCUGGCAGCACCCCACACUGGCCGAUACUACGCCGAUCCUGGUGUGAGCAUGUUCAUUGCUAUCUUGAUCAUUUUAUCAUCGUUCCCUUUAAUGCGUCGAGCCGGGCUAAUCCUGAUGGAGAGCGUGCCUGCGGGUGUUGACAUGGACGAUGUCAAACACGACCUGGAAAAGAUCAAGGGCAUUAACUCAAUUCACGAGCUUCACAUCUGGCGUCUGAACCAACGAAAAACCCUCGCUUCCGUGCAUGUUGUUGUAUCCGAGAACUCCGUCGAGAGCUUCAUGAAGACAGCACGCGUGAUCAAGGAAUGUUUCCACGCCUAUGGAAUCCACUCGAUUACCCUGCAGCCCGAACUCGCAGAUGUGACGGACGGCGAACUGUCCCAGAGCUGUGACGAGCCUUCCCGGUGCCAGGUUAUCUGCGGGACUCUUUGUGAGCCAUUAACUUGCUGUGGGUGA